AUAAGUGUCAAACCUAAGAAGGGUGUCGCUUGUCCUGUACACGUGGCUGCACCAAGGUAUUAAAACAGAGACGAGUGACCAACCCGCACAGUUGUACAGUUUAAACUACGUCGCAUCUCACUGCUGAGAAACAUACACGCUGCGCGUCAGCGGGGUGUUGAAAAGGACAUUACACACGGACCUGGCUGUUUUAUUACAAGAGAACCUGCUCACCGGAGAUAACAUUCUCCUUCUUUGGCUUCCUGGAGUCGUGGUUGAUUACACAUACUUGAGCAGUGUCUACAUACACCCUGUAAAGCCAAGAGUGUAAGCUGGAAGAGAGGAAGCAUCAAGUUUCCCACCAUCCUGCAAACUCUGACCCUCCUGCAUGUGCCUCUUUCUACACUGAUGCAGGGAUGAAUGCAUGGCUUCUGGGGAAGACUCUCAUCUUUGAAUGAACUCAGCUGAUGCUUACUGGAGCCGUUUUAAUUAAGCUCAUUAUUCUUUAAUAAAGCAUGCUCCAUAGGAAUGAACCAAUGCAUGCAGACGCUGUGCAAGGCAAGUAUUGUUAACAGAUCUGUCCUUUAGUCAUUGCUCAGGUCUGACGUUUUCCACAGUAGUAACAUGCAGAGACAUAUGGGAGAGCAUAGCAUUACGUAGCCCUAGUAUUGUAGAUUUUUCCUUUUCUAUGGUGACAAGAAGAACCUCAGCCCAUCUCCGACUAGUACACUGUGGGUCCAGCUCUUGGUGGAGGAGACAGAUGCGGCUCUGGUCAAAAAGGUUCUGGCGGAGAAGGCUGCACUUGAUGGCACUCUUCUGCGCCAUGACAGUUGUCACGUUCUUCUUUGGCCUCUCCAAUUUGGAGUCCUCAUUCAUUCUGGGGUCAAUGCUGAGCAGCGCCCCCAAGCCAUGUGCCUGCCAACCAUGCAUUGUGGGUCAAGAGAACGACACAUGGUUCUACAAGAAACUCAAACAGUCUGUCCAGCCACUGCUGACGAAGGAUAACAGGGAAUUGACCAAUGAGACCUACGCCUGGUGGAUGUACCUGCAGAUGGAAGAAAAGCCAUCCAUCUUAAAUAUGGUCCUGGACAAGCUGUUCCGCAUCAUCCCAGGAGAUGAGGACUAUAUGGAUGCUGAACCUACCCGCUGCCGGAAGUGUGCCGUGGUUGGGAAUUCCGGAAACCUCCGCUCAUCGGGUUAUGGCAAGCUCAUUGACUCCAAUGAUUUCGUCAUACGAAUAAACCAGGCUCCCACAGAAGGUUAUGAGCAAGAUGUUGGAUCAAGGACUACACACCAUGUGAUGUACCCAGAGAGUGCUAAAGAUCUGAAUGACAACACCAAUCUUCUGUUGGUGCCUUUCAAAAUCCUGGAUCUGGAGUGGAUCAUUAGUGCCUUGACUACAGGGCACAUCACCCACACAUAUGAACCUGUCAUGUCACGAAUCAAGGCUAACAGGAAUAAGGUGUUAGUGUUCAGCCCUACAUUCAUGAGGUACAUCCAUGAGUCAUGGUUGAAAGGUCAUGGAAGAUACCCGUCUACUGGCUUUCUCUCUCUCAUGUUUGCUCUUCACGUAUGUGACAAGGUGAAUGUUUUUGGGUUCGGUGCCGACCAUCGUGGAAACUGGCACCACUACUGGGAGGUCAACUUGUUGGACUCUGCCUUCCGGGAAACAGGUGUCCAUGACGCAGACCAAGAGCAAAACAUCACGCAAAUGCUGGCCAAGAAAGGCAAGAUCACACUGUUUAAGGGAGUCGUCUGGUCCUCAUUUAGGUGGGAUUCAUAGUCACAUGCAAGUCAGCACAGACUGGAGAAAGAAACCUCAGAGGUCUCUGGUUUUAUUUUUCCUCCUGUUGAUUUUAUUUUAUUUUUAAGAGACAUCUGGAGUUUCUGGACUUUGUAGAUCAAAUGUCUUGGUAUUAUUACAAACUGUGAUAAAAGGUUUCAAUUGUGGAUUAAAAUUUCAAUUCUAUCUGAAGAAGAGUCUCUCUAUUUCUCACUGUAGCUUCCUUUAGUAGUGGGAAAGGUGACAGGAUGUGAAGCAUAUUGCUGAUGGUCAGCCACUUGCAGAGGAUUAUGGGCAUGAAAAGCAGUGUGAUACAUGUGGUAUGUCAAUAUUGGCAUAUGUCACUGAUAAUACACUCAUAAGACAUGUUUUGGUGAAAAUGUUCAGACAAUGGAACUCCUGUUUGCUUUUUGGCCCGCAUUUUGUCAAUUGCACUUAAAACUUCUACCAAGUGCCUUUUUGUUUAUGAAAAAGCAUAAUCUCAUUUUUUACAUUUAAAAAUUAUUAUUGUUUAGUUUUCCUUUCUUAACUUUGUACUCUAAUGAUUUCAUUUCCAGUAACAAUGAGAGGAUUUUAUUUUCAUUCUUAAAAAAAAAUGGAAAAGUAAUUCUGUGAGAGAACUAAAUGGCAAAAUAAAAGAUUUUACUUGUUUCAUCAUGUCUUACAACCUAGUUAAAAUAUUAAUAAGUCUAUUAUCAAAGACUGUCCCACAGAUUCAGUCUACACCAUCUGGGUUCACUUUCUUUGCUUAAUUAUCACAGCGCCAGCAGUCAGUGUGACCUGAUGACUCAGGGAACACACUCCAGUUAUGGGCAGAGACUGUACAAGCAACACAGCAUUUGGAAACAUUAGGGACAAGUAGAGAGAACGCUACACCAUAUUCUUUGCUGAAAAGCACAAGUUAUCUGUUGCUGGGGACAUGCCAGACAGGUCUUGACAGAGGUGACUGUGGCACAUCCAUGGUGCUAAAUGAUGUGAAAGUAUAUGGCCUCACUGGCAAACUAACGUACAUGGUAACCUUAGACUGUCAUGAUACGGCCCCUCCCCCCCUCAAACAUCUCCAUUUGUGUGUGCGUGUGUGUGUCUGUCUCUCUGUAUCGGCACGCCCUCUCAUGUCGUUCACCUGAUCCUUGUUGUCUGUAAUUGUCAUGCAUAAGUCUCAUGUCUUAUCGUUGAGGUUGUCGGUGUUUGACCCAAUUAGUCUGUGUGUUAAAACGUGUAUGUUACAUGUGCAAUAAAACGUGUGUUUUUGUUCAA